AUGAAUGUAAGAUCAAACCGUGUUGAGAUAAAGACAUCUAAAUAUACAGAAGAUCCCGGAUCACUUCAAAAGGCUGCAGAUUUUAUAAAGGCUUUUAUGUUGGGAUUUGAUAUUGAUGAUGCAAUAGCAAUUUUACGUGUUGACGAUCUUUUCAUAGAUUCAUUUGACAUAAAAGAUGUAAAAAACUUGGGAGAUGAUCACUUGUCUCGUGCAAUUGGUCGUAUAGCAGGUAAAAAUGGUAAAGUGAAAUUUGCCAUUGAAAAUACUUCCAAAACAAGAAUCGUAUUGGCAGAAACAUCUGUUCAUAUUUUAGGUUCAUAUCAAAAUAUUAAGAUUGCGCGUGAUUCAGUUGUAUCAUUAAUAUUAGGUAGUCCACCAGGGAAAGUACACGCAAAUUUAAGAACAAUUACUGCCAGAAUGAAACAGAGAUUCUAA